UAUAACCCCACUUCAUGGAGCCCCGAAUGUUGUGCUAGUGUUCACGGAGCUCCUGCCACUGCUGUCCCCUGCCCGUCGGGCACUCCAGCCAGGCCAAGACCAUGAGGCAGGUGCCGGCUGUGGCCCUGCUCCUGCUCCUGCUGCUGCUGCGGUUUGGGACUCAGGAGGCUGAGGCAUUAACUGCCUGCGGAAGCCCAAGGAUGCUGAACCGGAUGGUGGGCGGGCAGGACACCUUGGAGGGCGAGUGGCCGUGGCAGGUCAGCAUUCAGCGAAAUGGAAGCCACUUCUGCGGGGGCAGCCUCAUCACAGAGCGCUGGGUCCUCACUGCAGCGCACUGCUUCUCCAACACCUCUGAAACAUCCCUGUGCCAGGUCCUGCUGGGGGUGCGGCAACUGGUGAAGCCAGGGCCGCAUGCCAUGUACACCCGGGUGAAGCAGGUCAAGAGUAACCCCCUGUACCAAGGCAUGGCCUCUAGUGCCGAUGUGGCUCUGGUGGAGCUGGAGGCACCUGUGACCUUCACCAAUUACAUCCUCCCUGUGUGUGUGCCUGACCCCUCAGUCAUCUUUGAGACGGGCAUGAACUGCUGGGUCACCGGCUGGGGCAACCCCAGUGAACAAGACCACCUGCCCAACCCCCGGAUCCUGCAGAAACUCGCUGUGCCUAUCAUUGACACGCCCAAGUGCAACCUGCUCUACAGCAAGGAUUCUGAGCCCGGCUUCCAGCCGAAAACCAUCAAGGACGACAUGCUGUGUGCUGGCUUCGCCGAGGGCAAGAAGGACGCCUGCAAGGGAGACUCGGGGGGCCCCCUGGUGUGCCUUGUGGGUCAGUCAUGGCUGCAGGCUGGGGUGACCAGCUGGGGUGAGGGCUGCGCCCGCCGGAACCGCCCAGGUGUCUAUAUCCGGGUCACCUCCCACCAUAACUGGAUCCAUCGGAUCAUCCCAGAACUGCAGUUCCAGCGGCCUAGCUCGGGUGGCCAGAAGCGGGACCCCCGGGGCCAGCAGCCCCUCGGUCAGAACUUUGCACCCUGCCUGGCAGCCCAUGCCAUCCUCCUGGUCCUCAUGGCCCUGCUCACCUUCCUCUGAGCUGCGCUCAGGCCAGUGGGCCAGUGGCGCCCCGGAGCCUAUGGUGUACAUUUGUAAAUAGCUCUCCAAUUCUCCCUACUCUCUAACGCCCACUUAUUUUUAUUUAUGUUCACUCUCCAAUAAAACCCUAACCUCAG